AUGUUUUCAGCUAUACCAUUUGCACGUCAGCUUUUUGCUUCCUUGUCCGAUGCCCUAUCAGGAAGAAAUGAGGUAUAAGAAUUUGUUUUUUCCUUCGGAGUGUUGAGACAUACAUUUGCGUUUUCUGCUCUCUCGCAAAUUCUAGCUCUGGCUAUUCUGGCACGUGGUCAAGUCCAAAUAUGGAAUAACUUAUGCCAAGAGUUAUGCAAAGUCCUCGCCAUGAAGAAGGGUUAAAGCUAAAACUCCAGAGACUCUUGGACAAGGGUUUUAUUACCAUUCAUACGCUUAUUUUAUUAUAUCAAGCUCUUAUCCAUUUAUUUCCGUAGUUUAAAUAUUCCUUUUGCUCAAUAACAUGUAUAAUGACGGACACAAACUAAAGCGUAAAUUAAAGAGACAGGAUAUUAUACCAUCUGAAAUGACAACUCUCCCUUAGAAAUUAUCCACUAGACUCUUACUUCCCCUUGUUGCACUUUGUCUCGUUGAUACUUAUAUUUUUAUGAUGUGUCAAGGUUUUGGCUGUGCUCUGCCAUAAUCUAUGCAUUUUUGUCAUUCUUUAAUUUUGUGAUAUUUCUUUGACGCAGUUCAGUUGAAUAUUACUUUGUCCUCCUGUUAAUUUGUUUUAUUGUUUUCUUGUAGAUUGUGAAAAUCUUAGAAACCUUUCACAUAUCCCAUGAAUCCCUUGAGGAAAUUGUCAACCUUCUCGUUAGUGACUUUACUAAAGGCCUCUCAGCCGAUGAACGAGUACGAGCAGAUAGCCCAGUAAAAAUGCUUCCAACUUAUGUGCGAGCAAUACCAGAUGGAACAGAAGAGGGAUCCUUUUUGGCUGUGGACUUAGGAGGUAGCAACUUCCGGGUGCUUUCGAUCUCCGUUUACAAAGGCGAGGUUGAAAUGAAAAGUGACAUUUACCCACUGGAAAAAGCGUUGAUGACAAGUGAUGCUAUAACGCUUUUUGAUUACAUCGCUGAUUGCAUCGCGCUGUUUGUCAAGAAAAAUAGAAUCACUGCUAAUAAUCUGCCACUGGGGUUCACAUUUUCAUUUCCAGUUCAGCAACUAUCCUUGACGUCUGGUUUACUGAUUAAGUGGACCAAAGGCUUUUCUGCCACUGGUGUAGAGAAUAAAGAUGUUGUCAGACUUCUCAAAGAAGCGAUAGAUAGAAAAGGAUUGGUGAGUUUUGGGUUUUAUUUGUAGUCCUGUUACCCAAAUCUACAAGUAUUCAAUUCAACAAUGUAGACUUGGUUCGAAGGCUUGCUGUUUUUAAGGUCACAGUCAGAAAAUUUAAGACGACCUCUGCACGUAAUUUUGUCUAGACUAUGCCUUGGUUAUCCCUUAUGAGCUAGAGUUCUUAUUGAUUUUAAAAGUUUUGUUCUGGGGGGAAUAAAAUUGUACCAGGUCCGGCCCUUACAUGUCAAAAUGCUUGUUAUUUAAAUUUACCCUACCUUUCUUAACAUCCGGUUUCUCUGGCUUUCUUGGAACAGUCAAACCUCAGUGCAUGAUCACCUUUACUUACAGAGUCCUACACAGCCUCGUUCCCUUUCAUCCACGGUGAUUUCGGAUUUGACGUCACCUUUCAAGCUUGCUACUCGGAUAGCGCGAAUUAAUUGGCCUAGGACGAGGCUAGGUCUCACAAGAUAAAACUGUGUUACUCUGGCUACAAGCCCACUUGCAUGUUUCUUUAUUGAAACUUCCGCAUAAUAGCCACCUUUGUAUACUACAUUGAAAUUACUCUGUUUGCACUAAAAAAUGCACCAAAGGCUGCAUUGCCAAUUUUUGCUUCAAAAAGGCCCAGGCAAAAAUCCUAUCUUGGAAAAACAACCUCCAUCGUUUUGCCUAAAUAGUAGCCCUUGUAAGGUUUGUGUUCCAGCCUCCGCUGCAAGCAAGUCAGCGCAACAUGAAAACAACCGUUUUUUUCAGAGUGGAAGUGUGGGUCUUGUGGCACUUGUCAAUGACACAACAGGAACAAUGAUGUCGUGCGCACUCAGCAACCCAUAUGUCAGUGCUGGACUGAUUCUCGGAACUGGAACAAAUGCCUGCUAUAUGGAGAGCCUUAAUAAUGUACCAAAAUGGACUGGCGAUUGUAACGAUCCACGAGAAGUUAUUAUCAACACUGAAUGGGGAGCAUUUGGUGACAAUGGUUCCUGGAAUCAUCUAAGAACAGCCUUUGAUGAAAAAGUGGACAAAGAGUCCAUUAACCCUGGAAUGCAGAUGUAAGUUUGUUUGUUUGUUUUUACUUGUGUUGUAAUCUAUUCAGUGACCAUUCCCACCUCAAAUAGAAGUGCUAAUUGGGACUAACCAAUAUUAUCUUAUCAAGUGUAUAUGUUGUAGGUCAAAUUUGAUUUCAGGUUAAUUUUGAUCUAGUGUAGGUGGAUUCUCAACUUCCUUUCGACUCCUAGCCCUAAAAGACAAAGAAAAUUGAGAAGCAACCUGGGUCAAAAGUUUUUAAACCUGAAAUCAAAUUUAACUUGUAACAUACACAUUAUAAAACAAGUAACGUUUAGCACCUACGAAGUUUCCUUCACAGACCGAAGAGCAAAAACGUGGGUGGCCCCGCAAGCUCACGAAAUGACGGAAAGCCAUCAAAAAGGCAACAGCUGUUCUGUCAUUAACAAGUUCUGCUCUUGCUGUCAUUGAGGCGAAAAUUACAACUUGAGCCUCUUUCAGAGUCUUCCUAUUGAGCGUGAUAUGCAAGGCUCGAACAUGUCAAUGGUGGUGUUGGGAGAGGGAGGACCUUGCCGCCACUCGUAAAGACGAAAUCUGCUCCAUUAGCUGGUCCAGCAGUUUCUUGCGAAGCGUCCUGCAAGCGAUACACGUCAUCGGCGUUGAUGUAUUCCACCGCAAAAAAACGGACAAUUUCAUCCCUCCUGUACUACUUUCUUCAAUGGCACAGUAAAUUUUGCAGCGUUAUUAUUUUUUCUCAGCGGCAUAAACAGGCAGUGUAUUUGGGUAAAAUAUUUUGAACUCAUUUCGAUUGCAUGACCGAAAAUUACCUUGAAAAUGGUGAACUAAACUGUUCUACUGCAUAAAGAUCUGAAAUCCUGACUUUACAUAGUAUGGUGAUAGGGCUUUUUCCGCAGCUGCUCCUAGGUUAUGGAACCAAUUGCCCCCUGAACUCAGGGGUGUUUCAUCUGUCGACCAGUUCAGGGCGCAGUUGAAGACAUACUUAUUUAAAGAAGCCAACUGUACGAUGUUUGAUUUUAGUAGCUCUAUUUAAUUUUUAUUUUAUCUUAUAAUACUUUUAACUCUAGUUUCUUACCAUAUUAUUAUACAGCGCUUUGAGCAAUUAGUGGAUACCUCGCUAUAUAAGUGUCUAUUAUUAUUAUUAUAGCAUAUUUUUCUUACAUUCUCUGUUCUGCAUAACGUCAUAAAAGUUACCUUUGGCUUCUUCGCGAGGUUGCUCGUUAGCAAUUACUUCGCUUUUCUCUUGCGUUUUUCGCUGCCGUCAACCAUCUUAACGGAUCUCUUAGGAAACAAAACUUUACUUUAACGGGUUCAAAAGGUCAAGGUUUGUGAUUUGUGAUUGGUGGAUUUCGAUCCGUUUUGUGCGUUUCUUUGUUUCCAGGUUCGUUGUUUGUGAUCGUAAUUAUGAUUGACGGCAGCAAAAAACGCAAUUGUGAAGGCGGCUUUUGAACUCUAGAGUUCGCAUGUUUGUGAAAAGCGCAGUAAUGUAAUUUAUUAAUUUGCAAAAUAAUAACCCUUAUAUCAUUGCAAUAACCAUUGAAAUGCACAGCAUUUAACGAAGUCAAGAUGUUCAUCAGGAUGUGUCAUCAGUAAGAUAGAGCGGUUUUCACUUGACUGUCGAAAGUAAUUGAGGAAUUGGUUUGGUUUUGGUUUUACUACGCCCUUUGGUUGGCUAGUGUAUUUACUUUGGUUUUGGUUUUACGACAGUCAAGUGAAAACCGCUCUAUCAUUCAGGAUUAGUCAUGUUAACUCCUAAUGGCCUUGUUCAAUACCGGAUAGCUUUUACGCCGGCUUGAAAAAAUUCCCGGAUAGGGCUUCUGUUCCCUCAUAAGGGCGGUGAUUGUCACAAAUUAUGUGUGAGAAACCAGUUCUGUUUAGCUUUAAUUCUUCACUCCAUUCAAAGUAUAUUUCUUCACAUGUUCAUAUUUUAGAAUUCUGUACUCUGUUCUACACUUAAGGUCGGUACACACUAGGCGACAAGUUGCAGCAACACGUCGCGGCUACCGAUCACUCCAUGUGAACAGGUUGGGCGACUAGUUGCAGCAACAAGGUGAUGCGACACGUCGCAGCGACAAAUCGCUUCGUGUGUACUGGAGAAUUUUUGUGAAAAUCUUUGUCUCCGCAACAGAAUUUUGUCGCUGCAACAAGUCGCAAAAAAUCAAAUCAGACUGAAUCUGUGCGACUUGUUGCGGGGACAAAUUCUGUUGCAGCGACAAAGAUUUUCACAAAAAUUCUCCAGUACACACGAAGCGAUUUGUCGCUGCAAUAUGUCGCCGCGACAUGUUGCUGCAACUUGUCGCCUAAUGUGUACCGACCUUUAAAGGAUUCAUCGACAUCAAUUCGCGUAAAAAUUCGAUGAUCUACACUCAAUCUACACACUAGACUAGCUCCACGACUCCGAACGACUACGCAGUUCCUAGACUCUUGUGCAAAGCUGAGUUUCCAGAACACGUGGCGAGUUUUCCCGCCACAAUGACGCAAUAAUUUUCUAACAGUGAUUUUGACGCGAUUUCUGAAACGAAGCAAAGCUGCCCCGCGCCGCUCUCUAAAGUGGAGAGUCAAAUAAUUGGAUAGGUGUUCAUACUCAUACCGGAAUUUGCUUUUCGUGUCGAUUUUGCCCAUACGAAAAGUUAUCUGGAAAAGUAUGAAUAUAGCCUUAGCUUGAGUGAGACUAGUAUUACCUGUCCAGUCCAUCUUAUCACUCAUGAUUUCUCUUUCGGUGUAGCCCUGCCCCUGAGGAAGGCUAAUUUUGUUAGCCGUAAUAUUGACCUCAAAUAAAUCAGCCCUUUGCCGUUUUGUCAUCCUUGCAUUCAAUUCAGUUUUUUUUUAAUUCCCAUGAUUUUUGUUACUCUAUUCAGAUUUGAGAAGAUGAUUUCUGGGAUGUACCUAGGUGAAAUCACCAGACUUGUUUGUAUGGAGCUUAUUCAGAAGACACUCCUUUUCAAUGGCCAGGCUGGGAGGUUUAGUAAAAAAGACAGCUUUCACACCAAGUUUAUUUCCGAUAUUGAAAGGUAGGGUGAAGAAAAGACAUAUAAGUAUUCUGUUUGUUAUUAAAAUAACCUUCUGAUAUGAAUACACCUCGGUGGAGAGCCAUGGCCGAUACGUACACAUUUUUUACGGGCUCCUGCAUUUGUUUACUCGUUUUUGACAACAGUUUUACAAAUUUGGCACGCCUACGGGUAGCGUACGCUUAUCUAGGUCAGUCAUAUCCUAUAAUAAUAAUAAUGGUAAUGAUGAAUAUAACAAUAAUGAUAAUGAUAACGAUGAUGAUGAUGACGAUGAUGAUAGAUGCCAAACACGUUUACAAAGGACUAGCCAAAGUGAACAAUGUCAUUAAAUAAUGUCAUUUCUUUGGAAUAAAAUGUAAUAUUGUCUCUCAAAAACCAACUGAUCAACACCUUUGUGUGUAAAGCCUGGACAAAGUAGCAGCAAGAGGCGAUAAGAGUUAAACCUCCCUAAUUAAUUUUGAAAAUACAUGAGUAUAACUAGCCUGUGUACAGCCGCCCCUCCCGUCAAAAAAAUCGGAAAGGAGCUCCUUUCCGUUUUUUUUGAGGGGAGGGGCGGCUGUACACAGGCUAGAGUAUAACUUGCUUAAUUGAAUUCCACGAUCUUGUAGAUUUCAUUUAAUCUUUAUGAGAUCGUGUAAAUCCCACGAAAUAGGCAUGUUUUAAAUCAUAUUACAGAUCCCGCUAUGUGUGAAUAUGUAACAUUUGGAUAAAAGAGUUAACAGUUUCCAGAAAACCGAUCUUGUCUGUUUAAGAUGUAACCUUUCAGUAAAGGUGUUUAGUUUCUAAAAAAAAAAAGGUGCUGGUGGAGUCAUUAACAGAAUAAUAUAUCAUUUGUGGUAGCACUACUAGCGAGCUUGAGCCCCCUAGACGGUGACAGCAGAAAUUCAUAAUGAGAAAAUAAAAAUAAAUAGUUAGAGCGGUUUUCAUUUGAGUGUCGAAAAGUAAUUGGUUUUGCACUUUCUACACGAUGCGAUUGGCUUAAAAGAUUCGCGCCACCUUUUCAUCCAAUCAGAAGUAAAACCAAAGCCAAUUGUGACGCGCUCGCAUGCAUUUUCCCGCGCUUUGCGUCAGCCACAUGUAAUUACUUCGAGUUUUGAUUGGUUCAAUGUAUUGUCUGUGUCCUUUGUGAUUGGCCAGAGUAAUUACUUUGGUUUUGGUUUUACGACACUCAAACGAAAACCACUCUAAAUACGUAAACCAACCUUGCCAGCCAAUGCGAUCAUUACGUAAAUCUUUGAAGAUUGUCGUUUCAUCAAUAGCUAUUAAAUUCGUCAUGUUUUUUGUUUGUUUACCCACGGAGCACUUAGGAGUUGAACUCAAACGUGUCCGUGCUUUCCAAGCUGUUCCAGAUCGAACUGGAACUUGGAAGUGUUCGUUUUUAAGGAGAGAGGAAAAGUCCGAAGUACCCGGAGAAAACCCUCUUGGAGCAAGGGAGAGGACCAACAACAAACUCAACCCACAUGGUUCUCAUUUGUGAAUUUUUUUUAACAGCCAUGACGGAUACAAGAUUGAUCAGGUCAUGAAUGAAAUGGGAGUGAAUGCAUCUGAGUCUGAUAUUGAGAUAUUAAAACAAGUUUGUGCCGCUGUUUCUAUCAGAGCUGCUAGGCUAGCUGCUGCAGGAAUUGCUGCAAUUAUCAAGGUAUGUUAGUCUACCAACAAAAUAACGUGUGCGACCAUUACUUUGUGUCAAAUGAAGUCAAUGAGGAGAAAGACAGCUACAAUGGACCCUUGAACGGUUUAUUCAACUUUUGACAUGCCCUAGGUAGGUAAAAUUCGUCAAUACCACUAGACAAAGAGGGCCUUAAAAUUACUAAACUUGCAAGGUUUGGAAGUGAUACGUCGUAAAUGAGCGAAGAUAUACCUUCGCAAAACUGCGAAAAUUUACAGACUUUCGUCUGAGGCAUAGUCAGCCCAUAGAUUUGUAGGCCAGGGCCUACAAAUUUUUGGUUUGAUCACUCUACCUUUUCUCAUAAACUAUGUGUUGUUGGUGAGAGCUUAUUGAGCUCUUACAAGAGCUCAAAGUGUUGGUGAGGUCAGUGCGUACUAGACAUGCGUGCAAUUUUCAGGAUAUGUGGAAAUGAAAGGCAGCCAGGCCUACGAAUACUCGACAAGCUGGCUACGCCCCUGUUCGGUGUAUGGUGGGGGACAAGUUUGCCCCCCCCACCAUACGACAAACGUAUGUAAAACGCCGCGACUUUGAGGAGCUAUAUUUCCGUUAGUUUUCAACAAAUUACCUUCAAACUUGACAAGGUUUCUAAUUUAAAGGUGCUCUUUCCAGCGCUGUGGACAGAUUUUCCCUAACAUGUCCAUGUCAAAGGUUGAAAAAAAAAAAACACCGUGGAAUGGUCUGUUACAAGCUAAAUGUUAUCAACUAAUUAUCCUGCAUUUUUGUGACGAACCUGAGUGCUUGGUUUGAUUCGCAGAUUAACAUGCAUAACCUCUAUAACAAUUUAUAAAAAACUUGCACACGGUUUAUUUUGAUUUGUUUUGUUCCUUUUUUUUUUCAUUCUAUUACAUUUGUGUAUUCUGUUACAAAUAUGUAGCAAAAAAGUGAAUUUUUGACAUUUGCUUGCCUUUCUUAAUUUAAAACUGCUAGUACAAUGAUGUCGGGGAUACCAUGCGUGAGAAAAAAUAUGUUGAAACUUUUUCUUUCCUUGAUCCAAAACACACGAAAGCUGUCAAAUAAGGUUCAUUAAAUUUAGUUUUUAACCCAGUGUUUUGAUUUUCAAAAUCAGAAAACAAAGAACUAUACCACUACUAUUGGUGUUGAUGGCAGCUUGUUUAAGAAGCACCCAAAGUUCAAGCGAUACAUGGAGGAAACCCUAAAAGAUAUUUUACCAGAAGGCAAUGUUAAUCUCGUACUGUCCGAGGAUGGUUCUGGAAAAGGGGCAGCACUUGUUGCUGCUGUUGCAUCCAAACAUAAACCUGAUUAUACGCAAUGA